CCGCGACUUUUCGACUCAAGGUUACGGUAGAUGAUUGGUUAGUCUCCCAGAUGGUGCAGUUGGCACCAGGAGCAAAGCUUCUCCAGCGAUGCCUUCCACCAUUAAAUUCCAAAACUGGUCGUGUGCAUAUAUUCUUCUUCACGUUGGUUAUCUACACAUGUUACCAUCUCUCCCGAAAACCGAUUAGUAUUGUGAAAUCUGUACUUCAUAAAAACUGUUCUGAUGAGGCCAAUAGGGAGGGAAAAAUUAUAGUUCCCGAUAAUGAAACGUUUUGUGACUGGGCACCAUUUGAUGGCAAAAAUUAUGACUCCCUUUUCGGGACACUUGACCUUAUCUUUCUUUCCUGCUAUGCGGCUAGCAUGUUUGUAAGUGGACAUGUUGCAGAUAAAAUCGACCUGAGGAUAUACUUGUGUAUUGGUACAUUUUUAUCGGGUAUAACAACAAUUGCUUUUGGACUUGGAUAUUUCUUUAAUAUUCACUCAUUCGCCUAUUAUGCGAUUGUUCAAGGUCUUGGUGGAAUUGUACAAGCGACUGGUUGGCCAGCUGUUGUCGCUUGUAUGGGAAAUUGGUUUGGUAAAAAUAAACGAGGAUUUUUUAUGGGUGUAUGGACAGCGCAUGCAAGUAUUGGAAAUAUUUUGGGCUCUUUAGUUGCUGGUGCAUUUGUUGAAACCGCUUGGGGUUGGUCAUUCGUUGUCCCUGGAUUAAUAGUUGGCUUAUUGAGUAUACCGAUAUACUUAUUUCUUGUACCAUACCCUGAAGCUGUUGAUAUUCGACCUCCAGCUCAGCACUAUCCAAAUGAGUACGCUUCUAUGGAUCAUCCAGUCAACAAUCCACGCACAUCUGAACUGAAAAGUCUUCGAAGUCUACUGUUAUUACGCCCAUUGAAUUAUCAUAUGAUUGAAGCACCUGCAGCGACCACCAGUUCUCAAAGUAACCUUUUACUACUUGACAAAGAAGAUUCUGUAUCAUUUCUCAGUGCGUUAAGAGUACCGGGUGUUAUUGAAUACUCAUUGACCUUAUUCUUUGCUAAAUUAGUCUCCUACACCUUUCUAUUCUGGUUACCGUUGUAUAUACGUGAUGCUGGUGGUUUUGAUCCAUCUGCUUCAGCAGAUUUAUCAGCUGUUUUUGAUCUCGGUGGAAUAAUCGGUGGUAUUAUUGCUGGUUAUGUAUCGGAUACAACUGGUGCAAGUGCUAUCACGUGUGUUGUCCUGCUUAUAUUAUCAAUACCUACACUAUACUUAUACUCAAUUAUUGGUUUUUAUUCUUUGGCAACUUGCAUAGGCUUACUUAUUGCCUUGGGUUUAUUUGUUAACGGGCCAUACUGUUUGAUUACAACAGCAGUAUCAGCUGAUCUCGGGACACAUCCAUCAUUGGCGGAGAAUUCACGUGCAUUGGCUACUGUAACAGGCAUAAUUGAUGGAACAGGUUCAGUUGGUGCAGCGCUAGGUCCAUUAUUAUGCGGUCUAUUGAAACCGUAUGGUUGGUCAGUUAUUAUUGUUAUGCUUAUGAUAGCAUUAGCUUUAGCUGCUAUUUUACUCUUCCGUCUAGUGGCUAAUGAAACUCGUCAGUGUUGUAUACGUUCCGCUGAGUCGACAUCCUCACCACCGCCAUCACCAUCCAGAACCUUUUCAACAACUCCUUUAAAUACAAAUGUUGAUGCUUAAAAAUUUGACAGUUGAAAAAUACACUACUACUACUACUACUCCACCCACUUUUACUCAUUCGAAUCAAUCAUGCUCUCUCUCUCACUCUCUCGGAUAAACCAAAUCAUUUUCAAAAACUUUUAUUUUCUAUUAUUGUUAUUUUUGUAAUAAAAGAUAAGUAAAAAAACAUUUUUAUUUUGAAAAAAACAAAAACAAACAAAAUGAUAUUAGCAAUCGAAUUUUGUUCUGAUAAUCGCAAUGGACGAACGUGUCGACAUCAAGUCGGACAGCAAACACAUAGCAAAAUGAAAUCGAUUAAGAAAUUAUAAACUCUUAUUAAUUUUUUUUCGUUAAAGAAUUUCACAGCUUAUGUGACUCAUCUUUUUACUUAUUUUGUGCGUUUUAAUGACAUAACUAUCUAAUUUUUUUUAUGUAUUCUUUCCUAUUCGACGUCUACUCAUACAUAAUUUGUUGUGUAUCUAUCACCUUCGCUUGAGAUGUUGGCUCUCCUUCAAUGAAUGCGUCGAAAUCUCGUGUGUGUGUGUGUGUGUGUGUGUGUGUGUGCGUGUAUGUUUGUUAAUCAGCUGUAAACUCAUGUAAUCAUUUUUCCACCCGCUUUCUAAUUAAGCGUUUAUUAAUUAAUACUUUCGUUCACGUGUCUUUGGAAAGAAAAUGUCCUUUACCAAUGUACUUCUAUAAUUAUUAAGCAUAGAAAGAAAAAACAUUUAUUCACCACUUAUAGUAUAUGUGUGUAUGUAUCGAUUAAUUUUAUUGAUUAGUUUUUCAUUCAAUUCUCAUUGAAUUAGCAGCGUAAUUUUUAAUCUCUUUUCACCCCCCAAAGAUUGGAUUCACAUUCAUUAAUUAAUGAGUACUCUUCCUUUCUUUAUGAAAUCAAUAAUCAAUGAUUGAUAUUUUAGUCUCAUUGUGUUUAAGCGUGUGUGUGUGUUUGUGCUGUGUUGGCGGGCGUGUUGUUAUUAUAAAACACUUUCGAACAAAUUGUAGACUCUCAUCAACAGCUGGCAUUACUCUAUGUUACUGAAAAUCAGAAGGCGGACCGGAAAGACUAGUGAGUAAGGUACACGG